AUGUCACUCAAAGAGUCAUCCGACUCCAUCUCCUAUCCUAGCAGUCUAUCAUCAUCCUCUUCCAACACCAACCUCCUUGCACACAGUCUCUCUUUUGACCCUAUCAACGAAGUAGAAGAGGAGCAUCAGCUGCAUCAGACACCAUUAACCUCUGCAGCACCAACACCCGUACAUCCUAGCCGGACGACAACUUCAACAACCAGUAGUAGUAGUACAACCAACGGUACAACGACCAUGACAUACACAACAACAGGAGGCACCCAGCGAUGGUCGACAGCCUCACCAUUCUACCAAACACACAGCUCGUCGUCAUCUUCGUUGCUCAACACUAGUCUUGACUAUAGCAACAGCAGUAUCAACAUGAGUUUGGAGGAUUUGGCCAAUCCUAUUAGUGUAGACACACUUCAUCACAGCAAGUCGUCGACAACUAUAGAGAUGGAGUAUCCCGAUGUCAGUGUAGACGAGUCGUCAGAUGAUCACGACAUUUCAAUGUACUCUGACCAAAACGAUGAAUACAAUUCCCCUGCAUUCCUCAAGUCGUCGCAAUCGUCUGUUUUGUUGUCUUCAUACCGCGAUAUGUUUGGACAUAGCAGCGGAUACUCUAGUGGCAACAACUCACCACUUGCACAGUCACGUAUCAUAUCCAACUCGGCCAGUGCGUCAACCGCAUCGCCACGUCUACUUGGAUUCCACAUCACGCGAUCCACUUCGCAUCAAUCUCUGCUCUCUGAGCAACCCAACAACCUCCCUCCUCAUAUAUCACCAACCCCUCCACCAUCUCAUAUUCAUCAACUACAUCCCCAACAUCAACACCAACAAAAGAUCGUACGAAAUGAUCGAACCAAGUCAUCUCCACCUAUUCAACCUGUACUAUCAUUGGAUUUGUACCCUCAAUAUCAUAGUACACCUAAUCUUGGAGUAGAACAUCAACCACUUCAACAUCAACAUCAACCACCUCAACAAAAGUUUUCUCUAGUACCUACAACACCCAAUUCGUUGAUACCAUUGGUUGAAGAUAUGGGUAAUCUCGGUCUGUCGCCAAGUACCACCUCUUCACCAAAGGAAUACUUGUUCCAAUCGUAUUACGACUCGAAUAAUACCAAUGGUAGCGGGUCACCAUCGUCCACACCUGGCACUCCUAUUGCAUCACGAAGCAGAUCCAACUCUAAAUCCAUCCUCUAUUCACCCACGCGUUCAAGGUCGCCGUCACUCAACUCUUCCAAUUCACCCAAUUGUAAAAUGUCGCCUACCCUUUCCUUACCUCAUCCUUUUUCAUCUCCACCAUCAACAUCUAAAGAAAAUCAUAACCAAAAUAAUUGUGAUCAGAAAAAUAAUAAUACUAACAAUCAAAUAGAUAAUAAUAAUAAUAAUAAUAAUAAUGAAGAAAAUAAUAAUAAUCAAAAUAAUAAUCAAAAUAUAAAUUUAACGCCAACAAAUAAUAAUAAUCAAAAUAAUAAUCAAAAUACCAAUAAUACUAUUAAUAAUAAUAAUAAUGUAAAUUCAACACCAAUAAUAGCAACCAAUUUAACUAAUUUAUUAAAUAAUCAAAUUACACCUGUACAAUCCACAACUACCUCAACGAAUCAACAACCACCACUUUUAAAAUCAACACUUAGUAAUGGUAAUAUUAUAACAACACCAAUUAGUAAUCAUCUAAGUAAUAGUGGAAGAUUUUUACAUACACCAAUGACACCACUGUCAACGCAUAUUACUAUAAAUGAUUUUACGAUUUUGGAAAAGAUUGGUGAAGGUGGAUUUGGACAGGUGUAUUUGGCCAAAAAGAACGAUACCAACGAGAUUGUAGCACUCAAACGAAUGUCCAAAGACUUGAUAUGGUCCAAGAACAAGGUGACACACAUCAAGAAUGAGCGUGAUAUCUUGGCACAGGGACGUAACCAUCGAUAUAUCGUGUCGUUGGUCUACUCGUUCCAAGACGACACUUAUCUCUAUCUGGCGAUGGAGUAUGUGCCUGGUGGCGACUUGCGUUCGCUUCUUGGUGCAUUGGGUUGUUUGGAUGAAGAGAGUGCCAAGUUUUACAUGGCAGAGAUGGUCGAGGCGGUGGACAGUUGUCAUCGUCUCGGCUACUGCCAUCGUGAUCUCAAACCAGAGAAUUUCCUCAUUGACCGCACUGGACACAUCAAGUUGGCCGAUUUUGGUCUCUCAAAGAAUGUAGUCACUCGCUAUGUAAAGGCAGUCGACUACAAGGGAACACCAACUGGCAGCUCGAUGGAACACACACCAAUGAAAUUUGGAUCGUUUAAUCUAAAUGCAAGCGGUGUCUUGUCAAGCUCGGUCACUGAUUUUGGCUCAUUCAAAGAUCUUCCCAUGCAAGCACGUCUCGCCUACUCUGUCGUUGGCAGUCCCUUUUACAUGGCACCAGAGGUGUUGCAAGCAACCAAGGGCUACGGAGACGAAGUCGAUUGGUGGUCUCUCGGAUGCAUGUUUUACGAGUUUGUCAUUGGCAUUCCACCAUUUGAUGGUGAGUCGCCUGAAGAAGUCAUGGAUUCAGUUUUAAAAUGGAAAUCAAAUCUCAAACGACCACAAGUAGAGCAACAGCAACAGCAGUCAGAUAAUUCAUUGGCAGUUGGAGACAUAUCAAUCGACCAAAACAACACGAGUGUCACUAGUGCUGGUUUCAGUAUAUCAGAUGACCUUUGGGAUUUAAUUACAAGAUUGGUUUGUGAUGGAAAAGAACGUAUGGGUAGUGGAGAAAAGGGUGUCGAAAGUAUCAAACAACAUCCAUUCUUUGAAGGAGUUCAAUGGGGUAGUCUACACCAAGGUGAACCUCCCUUUGUCCCCGUCCUCGAGGAUGACUAUGAUACCACCUAUUUUGAAAAAGAUCGUACUCAAGGUAUUGCCUAUACCAGUCGUAACUCUGGUGGUACCAUCAUUUCAAAAUCAAAAAAUAGAAAUAUUCUUGGAUUUACAUAUCCUCGUGCUGGUGAUGAUCCUUUAAUUUGGACCAAUUUAGUUAAAGGAUUAUCAAAUAGUUUAACUUAUAGUAAUAGUACCAAUGCAAGUUCAAUCAACAGUAAUAGUAAUAGCAAUAGUAAUAAUAGUAGUGGAUCUGGAAUAUCACUUGGGAAUAGUGGUCAUCAUAAUAUAUUGUCAAGUUCAGGAACAUUACUCAUGCCACAACCAAGUCAUGCUAGUUUAAAGAGUAGUCUUGGUAUAUUGAGUAGUGGUGGUAGUGAUAUCAAUAAUAACACUAUUAAUAGUAAUAGUAAUAACAAUAGUUUAAAGACAUCAUCAACUUGUACCUUUACACCUUUGAAUCACAGUCCAAACAAUCAUACCACCAACAAUCAAUCAUUACCAGAACCUGCCAGUCCCUAUGGUUCCUACGCUCAUCAUCGUUCACUCAAAAUGAGUAGCAGUAAUCAUUUUGGAAAUGAAGCUAUCAUAUUUCAAAGUGACCUCUAA